UCCAUUGAAUUUGAAGUUCAAGCUUUCAUCCAUUCAUCCGUUCAUGAGCUCAUCUUCAUCUGUUCAAGACUUCAAGUCCCAUGACUCCCAUCAAUUGCCGACUGCCGGUUGCGUUUGGCCGGGAGCGUCGAGUAGAGCUGUAGAGGAGGGCUUCAAGCUUGUCGCUGGCCGGGUUGCUUGGCCACUAAGGGGGGAUGGCCGGCCUCCAAGGGGGGCUGGUUCUGGGGUCUUCCGGCCACACAAAGAAAACCACCGAACGCUGAGGGGGGGCUGAAGCCCCUGCUAGCCCCCCUUCCCCUAGUUCAGUCCCUGGCGGUUGGUAGCUUGAUGUAGCCAGCUAUUGCCUAUAGUCACUGACUAUAGAGAAAACACUGACCAAAUCUAAACCUACAUUGUCCAUGUACUGAAGCCAGAAGGUUCAAAUUUCUUGGGUGCCGAGGAUUUAGAGAAUUGACACAAGUCCUUUUUGCCCAAUGCUACUUUAGACACAGGCGAGCCACUGUUGCUUUAUUCAUAUAAGGAAGCAAUUAGCGGGUUUGCAGCAAGAUUGACACCCGAAAAGGUGACAGCCAUGAAGAAGAUGGAUGGAUUUCUAAUGGCGAAUCCAAAGCCAACGGCUCAAGCUUCAAACUACGUACACUCAUAAAUUACUAAACUUGAGCACAUUAUUUGGAGCUUGGUCUACAAGCAACUCCUUUUUGGGUGAAAGCAUCAUCAUAGGAGUGUUGGACACUGGGAUUCACUUCCCCCAUCCUUCUUUUGAUGAUGCAGGAAUGCCACCAUGCCCAAGAGGAUGGAAUGCAAGUUGUUUCUUCCAAAGGCCAUCUUGAAAUGGUAAAGUCAUUGGCAAUCUUUCAAAAAUGGUAAUACAACCAUUCAGCCAAUUGAUGUUGAAGGUCAUGGAAUGCAUGUGGCUGGCAUUGCGGCAGGAAACUUUGUGGAUACUGUGGAAAGUCCUUGGCCAAGCUCUAGGAAGAGCUGCAGGGAUGGCGCCCAAAGCAUUUAUAUCUGUAUACAAGGUGUGCUGGAAGGAUAAAGGUUGCGUAUCAAGUAAUAUCAUAGCAGGUAUAGACAAAGCAAUUCAAGAUGGGGUGCAUAUCCUCCAAAUGUCCUUUGGAGGAAACUGGCUUGAAUCCUUUGAGGCAGAUCAGAUCAUUGUCGCCACCUACUCAGCAAUGCAGAAGGGGAUCAUCUCCCACACAACUGUUGGUAAUGAGGGCCCAAACCAGGGGACAUUGGGCCAUGCUGCUCCAUGGGAUAUAGUUGUUGGUGUAACCAUUACAGAUAGAAGAAUAAGAGCAACUGUGACGCUCAGCAAUGGGAAGCAAUUCCAGGGUGGAAAGUGGCAAUCAACCCAACAACACAGUUACUAACAAUUUUUCUUCCUCUUGCUUUCCCAGGCAGCAGUGGGCAAAAGGACCAAAUAACUUGUGAGAACAAUUCAUUAGAUGGCAUGAAUGUUAGGGGAAAGAUUGUAAUGUGCUUUGUUGGAGGUGAUACAGAAAGUAGUAAGAAAGUUGAUGUUAUCAGGAAUGCUGGAGGUGAUGGUGUGAUCUUUAUGAAUUCCCAUACGUUUGGCUUCACAACAUAUUCAGAAUCUCACCAUCUUCCAGCAUCACAUGUUAGCCGUAAAGAUGCCAUUAAAAUUGAACAUUAUUUUUCUACAAACUCUACACCAACAGCAAAGAUCACCUACGAUGAGUACGAUUUUUGGUGUUCUCCCAUCUCCGGCAUUAGCCUCCUUCUCAUCGAGAGGUCCUGUCAAGUAUAAUGGAAACAUUGUGAAGACAGAUGUCACUGCACCUGGAGUGAAUAUUCUGUCUGCAUGGCCAGUAGAAGUUGGGCCUUUCCCAUCUGGUCUAAAAACAAAGACAUUCAACUUCUUAAGUGGUACAUCUAUGGCCGCACCUCAUGUUUCAGGAAUUGUGGCUCUUAUCAUGAGUAAGUUGAAAAAUGAAAACAAACGUAAAUGGUCAACUUCAGAGGUUCAAUCAACACUCAUCACCACAGGCAACACAUUCAACUUAGAUGGAGAACCAAUUUUUGAUAAAGCUACUUUGCACAACAAUGCUAACAUUCUCCAACGGGGAGCAGGGCAAGUCAAUGCAAUGAAUGCCAUGGAUCCAGGUCUAGUCUACAACAUUGAACUAGAUAAUUAUGUUGCCUAUCUUUGUGAAAUUUUUUCUAAUAAUAGCCAAAAGAUGCAAAUAUUCACUAAAAACAACACCCAAUGUACUAGAUCCAUUUCUGGUGAGCAACUCAAUUAUCCCUCAAUAGGUGUGCCAAUGAGAUCAAGUUCAUCAAGGAUCAUUGUCAAAAGAACAAUGACAAAUGUGGGUGAUGCUAAGGAAAUCUAUAAUGCCAAGAUCAAAGAACCAUUAAAUGUAAAAAUUGAUCUUUCCCACUACAGCCUCAGUUUCACUCACCAAGAACAACAAAUUACCUACGAUAUGACAUUUUCCAUGAACGGUGCUCACCCAGGCUUCGGAGUCAUUGGAGAAGGAGAAUUAUCAUGGGUGUCCAACAAGCACAUUGUUACAAGUCCCAUCUACAUUGCAUUCUAAACCCCGUAAAUGAAGUGAUCAUAUUAUGUAAUAAACUUGCAUGAGCUAAUUAUGUUCAGUUGGCUGAAAUCCCUUAUGAAAAAUAAUGUCUUCAUAAUUAAGUAAUAUGAUGCACUACAAUGUACUUUUGC